AGCCUACAAGCCUAGCCGAGAUUCUGGGAAGCGAUGCGGUCUGGGGGUUCAUGAGGAUGCCUGGCCCCUGUAGCCGGGAGGGGCUGUGGCGGAGGAAGCGGGGCAGGCAGCCCCUCCUGUCCUUAAAAGGCCUUGAAGGCUGGGUGAGGAGCCAGGUUCCCCUGUAGGUCAGUAGACGCAAGCGGCUCCCCGCUAAACACCCGGUAAGAGGACUCACUGGCUCAGCUCAUUGGGGAGCUGGUGGCCUCUGGAAGCAGAGUUGCCCCCCGACUUCCUGCCUUGGAGGGCUGGAAGUGUUCCCGAUGCUGCAUGCUGUGUGCUCGUGGCCCCUCUGCGGUGUGUUCUGAGAUCUCGCCUGAGACCUCAGUAUCUCUGGGGACCAUGUGGGCCUGCACACAGCGCCCUGGGUGGCAGAUGCUGGGUGCAGCAGGUUCCCCAAGUCCAGGCCCUGGGCCUCGAGGGGUGGGCCUGGCCGCCUGUGUGCCUGCCAGCGGGCAUGAUGCUUACUGCCCCCGCUGGCUGACUGGUGGGGGAGGGGUCUUGUUUGCAUUUUUGCUGCACUUGGCUCUCCUGUGACCACAGGUCCCCGAGGGCUCCCACAGCCCUUCCCUGGGAUCGGGGGUCCUGCCUCCCAGCCCGUCCCCAAAGCUCUAGCCUGGCUUUGCUCCCUUGUCCACUCACGGGCAGGAGCAGAUGGCCGGCCUUUGGGAAGGGAGAGCGAGUGGAGUGUCAUUUGCAGCAUCUCAGGGUUUUCUGUUUCCAGAAUCGGAUCUGAUCUUUAUAAACAGGGCUUCUGUCUCAGGGGGUUCACACCAGGCCUCCCCUUGGACACGGGCGGGGGCUCACAGUCUGUCCUGGCUGGGACACCACCACCACCCCACUCCUGGCCAGAGGAAACCAGAAGGUGGUCCCAGCACAGCCUUGUGAGGUCCCCCCCUCUGCCCCCAGGUCAUACAGGCUGAAGCUCAGGGGCCCUUGAAAGGACUUGGCCGGCUGGUCACCGGCUCCCUGGCUUCGGCACCCUGAUCUGUGUGUCCUGUGUCUUCUGGCUUUUCCCAUGCACAUGGACAUAAACGUUCAUUUUAAUUCUUGGGUCACAAGAGAAGCGGGAUGAAAGUUAAGUCUGUGAUCCCUGGCGCCCCCCAGCCCGCUGAGCGUGCCUCGCGGCUCAGAGCCUUGGUUCCGGAGCUGCUCUCUGAAGAGGGCCAGUGUCUCCCACCCAGGUGGAGAGCAGGUCCUGCUUGCAGCCUAGGCCGCAGGGUUUGAAAAGAUGACUGUGAAAGAUCCUCCCCAGAGCCCUGGCUUGUCUGGGUGGGCCGUCAGCCCAUGGCUAUGGUGAGACCCCCGAUAAUACCCGAAACUCUCCUCUUGCUCUGUAACUGAGCAGCCGGUCUCACGCAGGAUUCGUGUGUGUAAACAGGGUCUGAUGUGUGCGUCUUACUGCCCAAGCCCUGCGCAGAAGAGGUUGGAAGGGCAGAGGUGGGCUUGGGAAAGGGACGCCCUUCUACGAGGUGCCCGUGCAGCCCGGGGGCCUACAAGCGGGAGACUUGGGCUGGGCCUGGUUGGGGUCAAGUACGGGCUCCAUCUCACCAGUUCAGGGGCUGACUGGAUUUGAGCGUUUCCUUCCACUGAACCUGUUGCCAGUUGAUGAGAGUGGCCCAGGAGGUGGGGGGGGGGGGUGUGCAGGGAGAUCUCAGCGUGUCCUCUCGUGUUUCUGCGCUGGGGGGGUUGAUGACGCAAGGAGGCUGUGUGCUGUGGUCUGGUCUGGUUCCCUCAUCUGAAGGCCCUGCAGCGUCUGGAUGGAGGGCCCAGCUCCGAGGGCCGCCCAGCCGGGGCAGCCGCUGUCCCUGUCCUCCAGGAGCUCACUUGGUCCGGCCGUGCGCUCCUCGAGGCCAGAGCCCGCGUCUGCUUCCCGCCAGCACCAGCGCCUCUGCAGGGCCAGGACCCACGGCAGCCCCGCGUUCCUGCCGGGGUCGCUCACAGCCCCCUGCGUCCUGUGCUUCCUAAAGUUGUUUAGAGUUGUUCUAACCAGGACACUGCAAAUAAAAGAGGGCAGACGGCACUUCCUGAAUCAGCAGAGGCCACUCGGCGGCAUGCACUGGGGCCACGAGCCCCUGAAGAGCCCAGCGGCUUGUACCUGCAGUUUGUCUUUAGGGGCAACUGAAACAUCUGUCUCCUGUGUUUUGUGAGUGUGUGGGGAGGCUGGGUGGAGGGCUCGUGGCGUCUGUAUGUUGCUGUCCAGGUUGCAUCUAGUUAAUUUCAAAUCUGAAGUUUUGUUAAAGUGCCGAAGGAAACGCUCUCUUUUGUUGUUUAUUUUCGGAAAAGGAAACGGUGAUUGGCUACUGCGAAUAGUGCGCGGCUGCUCAGUCGAGUCCGACUCAGUGAGACCCCACGGCCUGCAGCCCCCCAAGCUUCUCUGUCCACAGGACUUCCCAGGCGAGGACAUGGUUGGGUGACUGUCUACUCCUCUGCAUCGCGAGUUAACCUUUUGAGUCUUAAUAACUGCAGUAGCGCUUCUGGUGAAAGUUCAGUUCUCACAGCGGAGCAGUGUCCCCUGGGGGCUGAGACAGGGGCGGGGCUUCAGGCCGGAAGGAAGAGCGGGCCGUGUGGCCUGGGGAGGCCCCUGGCCUGCAGCCCUGAGCUCUGCGAGAGGGGGCAGGGCUCUGGGCCUCGGUGGUGGUUGGACAACGAGCACUGUGGGCGCUGGGCAGUUCGGGAGAGAGCUGUGCCCUUUGGGGGCUGCCCAGCCUGUGGGCAGACAGCUGGGCAGAGGACUGGGCUCUGCCGCCCACACACACACACAGACACGCACGCCAGGGCCACUGGGACUGUGACCCCAGCCUGCUCAGACCUGGUUCAGGCUCCUAUGCCACUGACAGGGACUGAACACACACCUUUCUAGUCUGCUGAUUGUGUGGGGUUGGUUGAGAGGUUUCACCCAGACAGCAUGUGGGUUAUGGGCUGGUGGGUGGGGGUGCUGCCCUGCAGCUGGCCGGCCCCCACCCCAGCCUCCCCUGCCCGUAUGUAUCUGGUCAGCCGGGAGCAGCCCCUUUCCCCCCUGAAUCCCACGCGGGGGGCACAUCCUGCUGGCUCAGCCCCAUCCAGGCACCUGCAGGUGAUGGGGGGGCAGGGGGCUGGACCCCUAGGUUGUGGUGGAUGCUCUUUACAGCAGGAGGCUUCUGGGGCCCAUGUGGGUGAUGGGCACUGCCCUUCCCCCUCCGGGUCAGCCCACCCCGGGGCCCCCCAGCUCCUGAGAGUUGCUGCAGAGAUCUCACCACCCCCAGUGGGGCCACAGCCCUGCAGUGAGGCCUGGGGGGACCUUGAGACCAGAGGUGGGCUCCGAGAGUCUAAGGGAGGAGAGCCUGCCAGGCCCAUGCCAACCCGAAGCCCUGGUGUAACUGGUCAGCACGAGAUGGCGAGGGCCCCCAGCACAACCCCACUCUGGCCGUCCCAGCUGACCCUUGCUUGGCCCCUCCCCAGACCCGGGACCCUCAGGGUGGAGAGGCAGACUCCCCCACCCCCGCUUCCCAAGCAUCAGCCCCUUGGGCGGGAGCUGACAGAGGGUCCAGGCUUCAGUGGGAACCCGUGUGUGUGGUCUGGGAGGCUGAGGUGGUCCAGGCACCCCACACAGUGGGACCUGAGAUGCCCCAGGGGCUACACUGACUGGCUAUCUCCACACACACACACGGAACUCCGGAAAGCCUCACCUGAGCGUGGCGAGGGAUCGGUGCAGGAGGGCUCCAGAGGAGGGACACUGACCCAGCUCGCAGACUGCCCUGCCCUCCUGGGUCUGUGCUGUGCCCGCCAGCCUCCUCGUGGUGGAAGACUCUGCUCCCCGAGGCGAGGGAAGGGAAGAACGGCUGGGAGAAGCCGGUGUGUUGGUAACCGGGACCCUGGGCCCCCUGAGUGUGGGCAGGACGCCAGCCCUCCCUGUGAACUGUGCAGGAGCGGUUGGACCCUUCAGGCCCCGCCCACGGCCCCGCCCUCCCAGAGCACUAUGGCUCACCCUGCUGCUGCCCUUCUGCAGCGCGGCCAGGCCCCUGCCAGCCUCCUUCCUGUGCCCCUCUAUGGGGCCGCGGGGCCCCCCCACGAGCCCGUGGGGCCGGGCACCCAGCUCCACUCACCAGGUCUCUGAUGAGGGCCUCUCCUCUGGCCUGGGGGCAGCAGCCAGCACCCCAUGACAUCAGAUGGGUGGCCGGGGCCCCCAUGUCCUAGGAGACCUCCUGUCCCUUCCCUGACCUGCUUGACCUGCCAGCCUCCCUCGGGGGUCAGUGUUGACCCUUCCCCGGGACUUGGGGCUGAGUGGCCAGUGCGAUGCUCCCUAUGUGGCUCAGAGGGCCCGGGCUCCCUGUGUCCUUCCGCGCGGGCUGCUCCGUGAGCCGCAGGGCAUCUCCUGGACCCCAGCCCGCUGCACUUUGGACCUGUGACAGCAUGGAUGGGCCUGGAGUGCGUCGUGCUGGGAUAAAUGUGAUUUCACACACGUGGAAUCUGCGACACGAGCAGGCAAACAGGAGGACGCAGAGAAUAGGGUGGUGGUUACAGAGAGGGGAGGCAGGGGCGGGCGGGGGGCGGGGCGUGAGAGGGCCGACCCCCGGGGACAGGGAAGCCAGAGGGGAGGCAGGGGCGGGCGUGAGAGGGCCGACCCCCGGGGACAGGGAAGCCAGAGGGUUGGUGGUGAGUGGUUCCCAGGCGGCACUGGUGGUGGAGAACCGACCUGCCCGUGUGUGAGUCCCUGGGUCGGGAGGAUCUGGAGGAGGGCAUGGCAGACUACUCCAUUACUCUUGCCCAGAGAACCCCGUGGACAGAGGAGCCUGGUGCACGCAGGCCAUAGGGUUGCAGAGUCGAGACACGGCCGAAGCAGCGUAGGGUCCUCAGAAGCAGGAGCUCGUGAUGGUGCGAGCCAGUGUUACUCCAGCAAAGAAUAUGCUGUUUUAAAAAUCUGAUUCUAUUCCUUGUCAGCAGGAGUCUGGCCGUGACUGGUGUUGGUCUUUUAGGCACGGGUGUGAUUCUUAAAGUGCGCACGCACCCGGGGCAGCCAGGUUGGGACCCUGCUGUCCUGUCCUCUGGCUGUUCUGGAACCUGCCCCCACCCCAGGGAAGGCGCCUCCUGUGCGGGUGGGCGGCGUGUCUCACGGCAGGGCUGCCGGGAGUCCUGGGGUGCAGCCCUGAAGCUCCACGCAGGCGGGUAAACCCCAGCUGGUUCCAGGAGAAGGCGGAAGCAGCUGUGGAGAGCAUCUCUCUUGUUUUAGAAGAUUCCGGAAGGAGGGGUGUGGCGUGGGAGCAGAAAGGGUGUCACGGGCUGGCAUCUAGGAGGAGUCUGCCUGCCAGAGGCCCCACUGUGCCUCACCCUGGGGUGCGGGGGCAGCGCCCAGGGCUCCCGGCCUGCACUCCACUGAAGUCGCCGUGUUCUGGGGAGGUCCGGCGGGGCGGGGCAGGGCGGGUUGCAUCACAGCCCUAGCGCCCCCACCCCUCCUGCUGCCCUCAGGCCUAGGGGUGGCGGGGGUCCUUGCAGGCAAGUGCAGCUCCCCCAGGUCUGGGGCAGAGGGGCCCAGGGGCCCCAGAUCCUGUGCUCCCCCUCCCGACGCCCUCACGGCGGUCCCUGUGC